GAUCCAGUGUCUUGCACAUGCAACGCGAGGGUCUCUAGGCGGUAAGGGGUCCUUUGAUCAAGAAAAUCCAAUUAUUUGUGUAUAUACAUUUCCCACAUAGUGAUUACUUCAUUAAUUGUCCCGCCUUUAUCUCCUCCCUUCCCAUCCCCCCUAAUAAUCAGUUCUUUUAUCCAGACCAACAAACACACCAUAGGAGCUUUGUGGAUUCAAAGGAUUUGCUUUCGCUUCUGAAAGAGCCGCUAUUCUUUGAUGAUUGGGUAGCGGCAAACUUCAAAGCCAUAAAUCUUCCCUCUGACUGGUUGGCGGCCCGGCAAAGUCCUUAUCAAAUUCUUGGAGGUGAUCCUGGCGCAGUCAGACAGUCCGCGGAGAUCGCGCAGCGCGGGGGGGGUGGGACGCGCACGGAGCCGAAGAGAUCUGAAGGAAAGGGAGAGAGAGGGGGAGAGAGAAGGAAACUGGGCAGCUUCUCGUCUUCCCCUCUGCGUCCUCAUGCCUCAGCAGUGCCCCGGCGCCUUCCCUUCGCCCCGGGCGCAGUAGCCAUGGCCGCGGUGGCUGUCCUCAGGAACGAUUCCCUCCAGGCUUUCCUCCAGGACCGCACCCCCAGCGCCUCCCCAGACUUGGCCAAGCACUCGCCCCUGGCUCUUCUGGCCGCUACUUGUAGCCGGAUCGGGCAGCCGGGCGCAGCGCCCUCGGAUUUCCUGCCGGUCUCCUACGACCCGACGCUGGGAUCCCCCUCUAGGAUCUUCCACCCGUGGACCGGCGAGAUGCCAGCGCACUCCCCGGGAGGGCUGCCGCCGCCGCAUCCCAGCUUGGGGUUGACCCCUCAGAAGAACCACCUGCAACCCUCCUUCGGGGGUUCUCACGAACUGCCCCUCACCCCCCCGGCGGACCCCUCCUAUCCCUACGAGUUCUCUCCCGUCAAGAUGUUGCCCUCCUCCAUGGCCGCCCUGCCGUCCAGCUGCCCGCCCGCCUACGUCCCCUACGCCGCCCAGGCCGCCCUGCCGCCCGGGUACUCCAACCUGCUUCCGCCCGCCCAGCCCUGCCGGCAGCUGUCGCCCAACCCGCCGCCCGAGGACAUCCCCUGGUGGAGCAUCCAGCAGGCCAGCGCCCCGGGCGGCUGCGGCCACCGCUUCCCCGCGGCGGGGGGGGGGGGGGGGGGGGGGGGGGGGGGGGGGGGGGGCUUCCCCGCGGCGGCGGCGCUGCCGCGGAGCCUGGUGCUGGGGCACUCGGACUUCGCUCAGUACCAGACGCAGAUCGCCGCCCUGCUGCAGACCAAGUCUCCCCUGGCGGCCACGGCCAGGAGGUGCCGCCGCUGCCGCUGCCCCAACUGCCCGUCGGCCGCGGGCGCGGGCAGCGCCCCUGAGGCAGAGCCGGGCAAGAAGAAGCAGCACAUCUGCCACAUCCCCGGCUGCGGCAAGGUGUACGGCAAGACCUCGCACCUGAAGGCGCACCUGCGCUGGCACACGGGCGAGCGGCCCUUCGUCUGCAACUGGCUCUUCUGCGGGAAGCGCUUCACCCGCUCCAGCUUCACCCGCUCCGACGAGCUACAGCGGCACCUGCGGACUCACACGGGCGAGAAGCGCUUCGUCUGCCCCGAGUGCGGAAAGCGCUUCAUGCGCAGCGACCACCUGGCCAAGCACGUCAAGACCCACCAGAACAAGAAGCUGAAGGCGGUGGCGGACGGCGUCAAGCGGGAGGACAGCCGCGACCUGUGACCG